ACGUUUGAGGUCCAACCUAUUUCACGGAACAAUCCCAGCAACAUUCUCGGCCCUAACAAAGCUAUCUGUUAUAGACCUGUCGUGGAAUCAGCUGACUGGUACAAUACCUCCAUUUUCAACCAGCAUCCAGAAAAUAUUGCUCGACUACAAUACCUUGAGUGGGCCCAUCCCAUCACACCUGGCACUGCCCGACCUCUCCCUUCUUCGGUUAUCCAACAAUUUGCUGACAGGAGGCAUUCCAAACACCUUCACUCGCCUCUCUUUCAUGUAUUUUCUAGAGAUUGCUGGCAACAAUCUCACCUCAGGCCUGGACGUGGUGGCUCAGAUGACAUGGCUAGGUGGCAUACUUCUCAAUAACAACGGUUUCACUGGUGUGAUUCCAGCGUCCUUUACAGCAAUGUGGCCUCGAAAGCCU